CCGCGCCGCCGACUUCUUCUCUGAUUGACAAGCGCGCCAAGCGAACCGCGGCGCCUCUUGCCUCUGAUUGACAGGAGCGCUCGACCACGCCCAUCCCCGGUCCUUGUCCUCCUGCAAGAACGAGUAGCCGGGAGGAAGAGAAUUCCAUCCCGAGAUCCCGCCCCGCGUCCCUUUUCUCCCGGCUUGAGUGACAGCAGGACGAGUCAAUGAUUCCCUCCCGAGCGGAGCCCUAGGCUUUCCCUAUUGGCUGCGUCGUCCGGGUCCUAAGCCGGAGUGGCUCCUCCCACCUUAUGGUGGUUUAACUGCAGGAGAAGCAAUUCUUUACUUACCUUUUCUGAGUGAGCUGGUGAUCUGCAUCUGGUAUGAGUGGAAAGAUGUAACUAUUGUGGCUGCUCUGAGUUCAGAAUCCUGGUUUUGAAGGCUGCAUGGUCUACACCUGUGAUAUGAAUGACAUAUGGAGGUGGAUCAAGCAUCACCCAAAAGGCAUUCUCGUCAUGGAUUGUGAACCCUGACUUUCAUCACAUUUAAAUGUCCUUACCCUGUAUCUGGGUUGCGAAUAUUUGAAGUCCUGUAAGCCUUCUGGUUUAUUAACAUUCACAACAGAAGUUUCUGGUUUCCAUGAUAACAAUGAGGCGUGAUAGGCCACAAGAGCGGGCCGCCAGCUGGCCAGCAGAGCACAUCAAAGUGCUCCUUGCCCUAUGGACUGAGGCAGCAGUCACUCACGAUCUUAGCUCCCACGGGAGGAACCGUGCAGUGUAUGAUGGCAUUUCUCAGCGCCUGGCAGAAAUGGGUAUUUACCGAACUGGGGACCAGUGCAGGGAGAAAAUGAAAGGCCUGAAAGUGGCUUACCGCAAAGCGAAAGAAAAUAACUCAGUGGGGCGGCCACCCAUCAAGUGUCCAUUCUAUGAUGAGAUUGACCAGAUAAUGACACAGUACAUAAACUGCAGACCAGGCUUUUCUUCAGAGGUUGGUGAGGGAUCUGGUGUCACUGCAGACAGACAGGAGGGCCUCCCCCUCUCUGAGCCCUGGGGAGCACAGUCCAGCAUCUCUGAGCGUUGGGGGUCCCAGGCCUCUGGGCACUGGCUGUCACAGACUGCUGCCUCGGAAAGCCAAGGUACUGAUGAAUUCAGCUAUGCCCAAGCAGAGUCUCAGGAUGCAUUUGGGGAGAUCCAAGUCAUUCCAGUUCAGGUGAAGGAAGAGGAAUCAGAAGAUGAAAUAUCACCUGAGCUGGAUGUGUCCUCUCCUAUAGUUAUGGAAACACAACCUGCACCAAGACAUCUCAUUUCUAUGCUUGACCAACGCCCCCACCUUCGAACCCGGAAGCAAAAAGCACAGGGAGAUUCCAGUUACCAAAGGAGCUCUGGCCAGAAAUGUAAUCGUUCACAUCAGCUGGAACUGCAGAGAAUACAGAGGCAUGUUGCUAGCCAAGCAGAGGAGAAGCAGAGCCUUGCUGAGUUCAUUCAUCAUGACAAAGAGAUGCGCCGGGAAGAUAGGGAGUUCCAGGCCCAGCUCUUUGAGAAGCUUUUUCAGAAACAAACUGAGCUUGUUCAAGCGCUGACUCAGAGACCUCCUGCCAGUCCUACGUCCACUGCCUGUACUAAUCCUCUACACACGUUUUAUGUGUCCACAAAGCCUGCAGGUGGGGCAGCUGCCACAGGUCCUGGCUCACAACUACAGGCUUUGCUUGAGCAGAUAAUGCAAGCUGAAGGAUCUGGGAAAGGAUUAACCAGACUUCCAGUGAAAGAAGCACUUGGAGGAACAGUGAAGGUACCCCCUGAAGUGCAGUAUUGGACUGCUGAAGAAAUAUUGAGGUGGCUUCUGUCUCAACAGACUCCUGGAGAUCAGUGCCAAGAGGUGCUGACAGGCCCAGUACCCCCUUCUGUUGUGGGACACAUGGGAACAGUUGGAAAGGGUGAGAAUCCAGAAGCCCAGAUCUCUGUUUUGAAUCCAUUGUGUGAUUCCUAUCAGAGUUUGGGACAACAGAAUAAAGGUCACCUUCAUGGCAAGGCUCAGCAACUCUAUGAUAGCAGUUGCACUAAAACAGUGGAAACAGACACAGAUGUAGAGACACAGCGCCAGACUUUUAGACAGUUCCGCUACCAGGAUGCCCAAGGACCUGGGGAGGUUUACAGAUACCUGUGGCGUCUUUCUCACCAGUGGCUGAGGCCAGAAAUUCGAACCAAAGAGCAGAUCAUGGAACUACUCGUUGUUGAACAGUUUUUAAGUAUCCUCCCUGAAGAGAUCCAGACCUUGGUACGUGAAUGCCAGCCAGAAAAUGGCAAGGAGGCUGUAGCCCUGGCAGAGAGGUUCCAGCUUCACUUUGAGUCCAAGCGUCAACGGGACCGGAAACAAGUGAUAUCUGAUGAUACAAGGGCAGAUUCUCCCCAGGAAGAAUUUGAUGAUGAUCGGAGACAACCUUGCAACAAAGACAGUGAAGGAAACACUAGGAUAACUGGUAUACUUGGUACAGAAGCUCACCUCCGGCUGAGGAAGAGACCAAAGUCAGGUCUGAGGGAACGGACUGUGGCCAAACAGGAUGGAGACCACGGAGAAGCAGCAACAAAGCAAAGAAAACUAGAUAAAAGUUUAAAGGAGCAGGAGAUGACAGAGGCUGGGGAGAAAUCAAAACAAACACCAAACUCGGUGCCAGGAAAGCAAACUGGGAAAGUCAAAGGGCAAGGAAGAUCAAUUCCAGGAUGCAAUGCUACUGUUGUUGGACAGAGCCAGGUUGAGGGGGGAGCCAAAGUGGAGGGCAGCGGCAGAGUUUCAGAAAUUCUAAAUGGGGUACCCUCUUCCAAUACAUUGAGCAGCCAGAAGGCACUAGAUGGGCUCGGGCAAUCGCGGUUGGCUUUAAAUAAGGAUGUCACUGCAUCCGGCCAACAGCAUAAUAAUGAUGGUCAGCUGUCUCCUGAGGUUGAUAGACCAUCACUUAGUGACAGCAUUGACAUUUUACUGGAUUCUCCCUGGAGUGGAAAUGGCAGCGUUGAAAUAACUCAUGAUGGGCCACCUGGUUCAAGGAUGCUACCACCCUGUGCCAGUUGCACCAUGUUGAAGACUGAGCUAGACGCUGUACGUGAAGAACUCAGGCUAACUCAAGCUUCCACUUUGUAUGGGCUAAGUGGUGCCUCUUUACGAGAUUUAUCAGAGGCUCUUGGCACUGUUGUGCAUAUCCUCAGCAGCAGGAAGUCGUCAGCAAAAAAUGCAUCCCAGAAUGUUGCUGAAAUCUCUAGUAGGCCAACAUGGCAAGAGAGAAAUCAUUUCUGAAAUGUGAGAGGACCUGCACUUGAUUCAGCAUCAAGAAAUUCAGCAGCAAUACUUAACAACACUAGGAUGAGGACAUGACUUGAAAAGGAAGGAAAAAUGCCCUCAGCUCUUGGUUGUCUGAGACUUGUAACUGACCUUGCUACAUCCAUACCCUGCCCCACUAGAACAUCAUGUUUAAUUACUCAGGCUACAGAUGGCUCUGGGGCUGAUGCUCUUUGCCUGCUGUAGUGAAGGUAUUGUCAUUACUGUGUCUUUUUCAUGUUAUCCUAGGUUUUAUUUGUUUGUUUGUUUUUAUACAGUAGUAGCUCUUUCUUCCCUUUCCUGCUUAGAUCAAAAUAAAGCAACUGGGAAUGA